AUGUCCUUUCAUUCUUAUGUUCACAAAUUGUCUGAUUUGCAUGGAAAGGGAACACGUUCAAAAAAUAUGCUUGAAACUUUGAAUUACAAAAUUAAUUUGGAUUGUCAUCGGCACAGGCCUUUUCCUGAAGGAAUUUGUACUGAAUGCAGGCCACCUACUGUUACGCUUACUCGACAGCCAUUUCGUCAUGUUGACAAUAUUGAAUUUGAAAAUGACUCUAUUGUAAACGAAUUUUUAAAUUUUUGGCGCAAUUCAAGUUGUCAACGUAUUGGAUUUCUAAUUGGAAAAUAUGAACAAUUUAGUGAAGUUCCAUUGGGGAUUAAAGCUGUUGUUUGUGCAAUUUAUGAACCUCUACAAAAUUCAAAUGAAAAUUCUGUUGGAUUUGAAAUUAAUGAAAAUGGGGAAGAAAAUGGUGAGGAAAAGAAGAAUUUAAAUGUUAAAGUUGAUCAACUUUGUGAUUGGUUGGGAAUGAAACGUGUUGGUUGGAUUUUUACUGAUCUUUGUAGUGAAUCGAGGACAUUGGGGACUGUUAAAUGUAUUAGAAAUGAGGAUUCAUUUUUACUUUCUGCUUCUGAGUGUAUAACUGCUGGUAAUUUACAAUCCCAUUUUAAAAAUGCUACAAAUUAUUGUGAUGCUGGUUAUUUUGGUUCUAAAUUUGUUACUGUUGUUGCGUCAGGAAAUACUUCAAAAGGAAUUGAUUUGCAUGGAUAUCAAGUCUCCAAUCAAUGCACAGCAAUGGUUGAAGCUAAUAUUUUAUGUCCAACAAAAACACAUCCUGAAUUGGCUUGGGCUAGAGAGACGCCAUUAAACGAGAAGCAUUACAUUACUUCUGUUCAAUAUACGGAGAAAAAUGAAAGAGGCGAAGAAGUUUUUCGUGAUGGAAGGCCUAUGCCUGUUGAAUAUUUACUUGUUGAUGUGCCGUGUGGUGUUCGAAAAGUGCCGAAUUAUACAUUUCCUCGUGGAAAAGAAGGAAAAGAAUUUCCUGUUGAAAAUCGUUCAGAAAUUGGACAGACACAGGAAUUAAAUGAUAUCUCCAAAUAUUUUAAUUCGUUUAAAUUUCCUGAUCAAUUUCUUGAAAUGGCUUCAAAUUUUCAUUUUCUCCUAUUCCUAUAUACAAACAAUUUUGUUCCAUUUUCAAAAGAAGAAAUUAAAAAUUUGGCUCAAAUUGUUGUUAAAAAAGAUGAAAAUGAAGCUAAAAAAUGGUUACAAGAAAAUACAAAUUUUGCAACAUUAAUUAUGUUAAUUGGAGAAAUUGGAAGGGAAAUACCUCGAACAAAAAUUAAAACAACAACAACUACAAGUCAAACAAAUAAUAAUGUUGUUGCUGGAGUUGGGGCUGCUGGGGGAAGUAGUGGAAAUAAUAAUAAUGAAGCUAGUGGACAACAACAACAACCUGAAUGGACUUGCAAGCAUUGUUAGUUUGGGAAUUUUGAGAAUAUUUUUGG